GGACGGACCUCCGUACAGUGGGCGGAACAGUGGGGGUCCAGAUUACGAUUCCCCACAGGCUCGUCCCAUGCCGUGGGUGGAUUGUUCCUUUUUUUUGGGAGCUCCUUUUUGGCUUGUUGUUGUUGUUGUUGUCCCCGUUUCUUUUUGCGGGGAGCGCGGAAAACCGGGGGGGUCGAAGCGCAGAGUAAGCUUCUUCAUCGGGGUUUCCGACAAACUCGAGCGAACGAGGUUCGUCUAGUAUUAUGCUUAUGGGGAAGAGGCUUUUCGUCGUUAUGUAGCUUCUCGGAUUCUCCUGGAAACCGAGUCGUGCGUGCGCAGGGAGUGAGGGAAUUUUGCAAUGGCGAGGCAAAAAAAGAAGACAUGAGGAAGGGAAAAAAAAGGCCGCUUGUUGAGGGGCUUCGUUGGGUUGGGCCGGGUUGGUCGUUGAAUGGCCUCGUUGGAUGGCCUCCGACUCGAGUUGGAUGGAGGGCUAGUCAAGAUACGAGUGGGUGGUUGUUGUGUUUCGUUUUUCCUUUGCACAUCUCCCGCCGUGGCCGCGUCCGUCUCGCGGGUGUACUCGGUACCGUUCGUAUCUUGAUGAGAUGGGCUCGAUUUAGAACUGCCGGACCAGGUCUAUUGUCCGUCUCGUGCUGCACCGUAUUGCAACGACUCAGCUGUCAUAAGCAGAUGCGCUCGUGGCCGACGACAUGGCACGAGAUUGUCCGCCGUCUGUAGUCAGCCAACAUGUCGAUCCCGUCUCGGCGGUUACAUGUGGAAGCGGCUCCAGAUAAGUGACCGGGUCUGGCCUGGCAGCGAGUAUCUUUUUCGCGCCUGGCCCGAGUCAAACACGCAAACACGGAACGCAGAAUGGGUGUGCCGAUGAAGCCAGCGCCGGCGACUCGCGAC